CGACGUUUGAGACCGGCCCAUCACUAUGGUCAGAAUUUGUAUCAUUUGUGGGAACGUCGAUGGUUUUGAAGGAGUUUCUUUGCACAGGUUUCCAGCGAACGAUGAAUUUAGACGUUUGUGGAGAUUAUUCGUUGAGAACAAUGGGGUGAAUGUGCAACUGAUCGUAAACUCCUCGAAACUGUGUUCAAGGCAUUUUGUGCCUGGUCUUGACUACAGAGAAACCCGUGAUCGUCGUCGUUUGUUUAACAGAGCAGUGCCAUCUUUAGUAGUACAAAAUAAUCAACCGAUUAUAGAGAUUGCGGCACCAGACGGCGAACAAGAAAUGGACUGGGAAAUUGUUGAAGUUCAAAUUGAUGAGGUCAUGGUAGAGGUAGACGAAGAACCAUUGGUGCAACCCCAAUUAGAGGUCUUCCCAGAUGACGUUGAGGUUGUAGAUUUGCUGCCUGCUGAUGCUGCAGCAGUUUAUGAAUUCAUAGAUGUAUUCGACGUUUUACCACCAGACGUCGACAAUGAAUUUGUACCAAUUCCCCUGGGUGCUCCCAGAGCACGUGUGCCCGUAAGAGACCGUCCGGCUGGCAUUCAACACCAACUUCCCGAACAGCACAACAUAGGACCAUUGGAUGCCGUCUGCGAUCACUGUGGUGGCCGUCAUUUCCACUGUGAGAAGAUUGGAAGGUCUCAUUUUUCAACGUGUUGCAAUAAUGGUCAAAUGGCUAUAACGGGUGACCGUGUGUUGGGUCAACCUCCAGAGUUAUUAAUUCGUUUGUUAAUAGAUGAUUCACAGGUAGCCAGGCACUUUAGAAAAGAAAUCAGACGAUACAACAACACUUUGGCGUUUGCUGCGUUUUCCACUGACCUCAACCCAAGACGUUUGCCAGGUCGGGGACCAAAAAUGUUCACUGUUCAUGGGCAAGUGUAUCGCAGGAUUAGUAACGACAUUGUCAGAAAUGAAAUGAUGCGACCGAGUUACUGUGAGCUGUACUUUAUCGAAUCUGGGGAAGCCAACCGGAUUCGAAUGGCACAACACCCGCUAUUGGAGAACUUGAUUACAGACUUAGACAAUCUGUUACGGCAAAUCAAUCCAUUUGCAGCGGCUUUCGAGACCAUGCGACAGGUAUGGCAGAGGGAACAAUACGCUGCUGCUGCCGAUCACACGGUGCAACCGAGGAGAGUGACAAUGCACAUCAUCGCCGACCCAAAUAAUGACCCUCGGCGAUACAAUCAACCGGCUGGUAAUGCAAAUGAAGUAGCAGUCGUAUUCGUUGGUGACGACGGUCUACCACCAAAGAACCUUGAUCUGGUCAUCUAUGACACGAACCCAGUCAACCCACAACAUCGGAUGCAAAGCAUAUCAGUAGGCUCACCUCAUGCGGAUCCUAUGCUGUAUCCACUGUUCUUCCUGUAUGGAGAAUCCGGUUGGCACUACAACCUGCUACAAGAAGGCAACCGUCGUAAUGCUGUUCGCGUUCGGAACACCAUCAGGGAGUUUGUGUGUUACCGCUUGGCCAUUCGAUAUACAGGAAACAAUGGAAAUGGGAAUGACGGCCAAACAUUAAGUUUAUUGCAUGCCGGUGGUUUUUUGUUACAGCAGUACGUGUGUGAUCAGUACGUUCGGAUGGAAGCGAAUAAUUUACGCUACACUAGAGACAAUCAAAGGACGCUGUUUGCCGAAGCAUAUCAGGGGCUUGUGGACCACAUAAACCAACAACUUCAUGUAGAUGAAAUCGAUCCUGUUGGUCGUAGGAUGAUUUUGCCAUCAACGUUUGUAGGCGGCCCCCGUUACAUGAAACAAUGUUACCAUGACGCGAUGGCCAUUGUGCGUAAGUACGGUAAACCUGACCUGUUCAUAACGUUCACAUGUAACCCUAAGUGGCCAGAGAUUGUUGACAACAUUCCAAAUUGGUUGAAAGCUAACGACAGGCCAGAUUUGGUGGCAAGGGUGUUCCAUGCAAAACUUAAGGAGCUAAUGCGUGAUAUAACAGUUACUAAGGUGUUUGGUAAUGUUGAUGCUUACGUUUAUACUAUUGAGUUUCAGAAACGAGGUCUUCCGCACGCCCACAUACUCAUUAUCUUGCAAGAAGACAGUAAGUUGCAUACUGCCGACGACGUUGACGAUGUGGUAUGUGCUUGCUUACCAGACCCAGCAACUGACAGACGCCUAUUCAACAGUGUGACAUCACACAUGAUUCAUGGACCGUGUGGACAGCUUAACCAUAACAGUCCGUGUAUGGUGGACAACAGUUGCUCAAAAAAACUACCCAAAAGAGUACAGCGAAGAGACUUUGUACAUUUCCGACAGCGGUUACCCGACUUACCGCAGACCAAAUAA